UUUGCCUUACCCUCCAAUCUCCAUAAGAGAAGCCACAACCUCACAGCUCACAUACUCACACCCUCACACUCAAAACCUAAAACCCAAUGUCAGGUGUUCUACUCUGGGUGGUGAGCCCCAAAGAGAAUGCCAGCUCCCUACUGGGUCUGAUGCCCAGAAUUUGCACCCCAAGGAGGUCUAAAUUCUGCCCAAAGCUGGGAUUUUCAAGUAGGGUUUUGGCCUACUCGGGUGCAGUUGUAAACCCAGCAAGAUCUUCAGAAGAGAAGGUGUAUGAAGUGGUGCUGAAGCAGGCUGCGCUGGUGAAAGAACAGAGCACGGUAAAAAGGAAAUCUCUGAAUUUGGAUGAACGGAUUGUAACUGAAGGUUUGGACAACUGGGAUUUACUGGAUAAGGCUUAUGAUCGGUGUGGUGAAGUCUGUGCUGAGUAUGCCAAAACUUUUUACCUGGGCACAUUGCUCAUGACACCGGAGCGGCGACGAGCUGUUUGGGCAAUCUAUGUGUGGUGCAGAAGGACAGAUGAGCUAGUGGAUGGACCUAAUGCUUCAUACAUUACGCCCAAAGCUCUUGACAGAUGGGAGAAAAGACUGACUGAUCUCUUUGAAGGCCGACCUUACGAUAUGUAUGAUGCUGCUCUAUCUGAUACUGUCACCAAGUACCCUGUUGACAUUCAGCCCUUCAGAGACAUGGUAGAAGGAAUGAGAUUAGACUUGAGGAAGUCAAGAUACCAGAACUUUGAUGAACUUUACCUUUACUGCUACUAUGUUGCUGGAACUGUUGGAUUGAUGAGUGUUCCGGUAAUGGGGAUAUGCCCAGAAUCAAGCGCCUCAACAGAAAGCGUUUACAAUGCUGCAUUGGCCCUUGGAAUUGCUAAUCAGCUCACUAACAUUCUGAGAGAUGUUGGAGAAGAUGCUAGGAGAGGAAGAGUAUAUCUCCCCCAAGAUGAGCUUGCCCAAGCCGGCCUAUCAGACGAUGACAUCUUUCGCGGGAAGGUGACUGACAAGUGGCAAAGUUUCAUGAAGGGACAAAUAAAGAGAGCUAGGAUGUUCUUUGAUGAGGCUGAGAAGGGUGUCUCAGAGCUCAACUCAGCCAGUAGAUGGCCAGUAUGGGCAUCUUUGUUGCUGUAUAGGCAGAUUCUAGAUGCAAUUGAAGCAAAUGGUUAUGACAAUUUCACAAAAAGGGCUUAUGUGGGAAAAGCAAAGAAGUUUGUAUCAUUGCCUGUGGCCUAUGGAAGAGCCAUUAUAGGACCCUCUAAAUUAACUAAGCAGUUGGUGCUUAGAUGAAUUAGAUGUUUAAUUAGAUGAUAUUUGAAGUCUCAAUCUCUAAAUUUUUAGACAAAGUCCAACUUGAAGUUGGGUCUCAAGUCGAAAUAUGUAAAUUUUUUAUACUAAUUUUUUUUGUUUAGUCAAUCUUUUAAUUACCUGCGUUUGGAUGAUGGAUAUAAAAGUAGUAAUUAGUGGUAGAGGUUAAUAGAUGUGUGGUGAGAGUGGUCGCCAUGGAGUG